AUGCCCAAGAAAGCCCUCUUUGUGAUUGACACCCAAGCGGAGCUUGUUUCAAUCUCCAGUACUGCGAUGCCGUAUGGAGCGCGUAUCUGUGAGGUUGGGACCAAGAUCCUCAACCGUGCGAGAACCCAACCAGCCAAAGAGCUCGACAUUAUUAUGGUGCAACACUCCGACGAUCCAGAAGAUCCUAACGCGACUUUGUUACGUGGCAACGAAGCGUGGGAACUCGCUCUACCUCCUCGUGAAGAUGCUGAAAAUGAGAGAGUUGUUCAUAAAACCACUGGGGACACAUUCGAAUCUAACCCAACCUUGGCAAAUGAUUUGAAAGCUCGAGGAGUGACUACCAUUGUAGCCUUUGGGGUGCAGAGUGAGUGUUGCGUUCGCGCUACUAGUCGCGGGGCCAUCAGUGCGGGAUUUGAAGUGGUGUUGCUGCAAGGGGCGCACUCGACAUAUCACAACCAAGAAACGGGGAAAAGCGCAGAAGAAAUCGAAAGCGAGAUUGAGGAGGAGCUUCAGGCGAUCGGUGUUCAGGUUAUACCCUGGGAUAAAUAUGAGUUUUAA